UACACGAUCUUAUGCACGAUAUUGCGCAAAGUGUCUCGAGGCAGGAGAUUUAUGUAGCAAAUACCAUUAGUGGCAACCUAGAUAAAAAGAUUCGCCAUGUCUCAACUUUAAGCACCACAAAUUUCGAAAAAUACACCUCAGCAUUGCAACGUCCUGAGCUGAAAGAGAUUCUCUCAAUCUAUGGCUAUGAAUCAAAACACCGUCAACAAAUUCAAAAAUGUGCUUCUUGAUGCUGAAGCCAAGCAGGAGUUCUCCAAUGUAGUCCAACUAUGGAUUGAGAAUCUCAAGGAUGUUGUCUUUGAAGCCGAUGAUUUUCUCGAUGAGUUUAUCACUCUUGUCGACCAGAAGCAGCAUGUCAAGGCUGAUGGUACAAUAUCCAAGAAGAUGAGGCUCUUCCUUUCUCGUUCAAACCCUUUAGUCCUCGCUUACAAGAUGUCUAAAGAGGUCGAGAAGAUAGGGAAGAACUUGAGUUCUUUUGCUGAUAAGAUAUCAUCUGUGAUGGAGUUUAGUCACGAGCCUAUUAAGAAUAGAAAUCGAGAGACAUGUUCUUAUGUGGAUGUAGUUGAUAUUGUUGGAAGAGAAGCCGACUUGGAGCAUAUUGUUGGUAAGUUGCUUGAUUAUAAUGUUCAAAAUGAUCUUUCUUUCCUUCCGAUUGUGGGUAUGGGAGGAUUAGGCAAAACUGCUUUUGCACUACUUGUGUACAACGAUAAAAGGGUUGAAAGUGCAUUUUCUUUGAGGUUAUGGCAUUGUGUUUCUGAUCAAGAUCAAAAACCAUUGAACAUUGCUGAUAUUCUUCGUAAGAUUCUGACUCUAAUUACUGAUGAGAAUCAUGAAAAAUCCUCUGAGCAAAUCGUGCAAAGUCAACUUCAAAAUAAAUUAUCAUCUAAAAAGUACUUGCUUGUUUUAGAUGAUGUAUGGAGAGAGAAUUAUGAUCAAUGGAUUCAUCUUGUAAGAUUGUUGAAUGUGGGUCAAAGGGGAAGCUGGAUUGUGGUUACUACGCGUUCAGAAGUGACUGCAAAAUUCAUCGGAUGUGGUUCAAUGUACAAGCUCCAAGGCUUGGCCAAGAAAGAGUCGUGGAGCUUAUUCGAAAAGAUAGCAUUUGGGUCAGAGCACUCGAACCUUCAUGAUGAUCAGUUGGUUGAAUCAGGGCAAAAAAUUGUUGAAGCAUGUGGUAGAGUCCCUCUCGCCUUACGAGUAGCAGGAAGUCUUGUAUAUGGUCAAGACAAGAGGAAGUGGCAAAUAGUUCAAGAAGUCGGUGUGGCCAAGAAGGGUAAUGACAAUGGUAUCACACAUAUAUUGAAGCUAAGUUAUCAACAUCUUCCGUUUUCAAUAAAAAAAUUGUUUUAGUUAUUGCACUAUUUUUCCGAAGGAUUAUAGAAUGCGAAAGGACCUGCUAAUAAGCCUUUGGAUUGCACACAACUAUAUUGUUCCAUAUGAAGGCCAGAGCAUUGAAGAAGCAGGUGAGGAACAUUUUUUGAUUUUGUUGAAUAGGUGUUUUUUCCAAGAUAUACAAAAAGAUGAUGAGACGGGCGAGGUGUACUCAGUAAGAUACAUGACCUUUUGCAUGACAUUGCUCAAGGUGUAUCAAUGAAGGAGAUUUUUGCUACAACUACCAUUAGUGGCAACCUUGAUAAAAAUGUUCGCCAUCUCUCAAUUUCUUUCUAUCCAGAAUAUAGAAAGUUUCCUAUGAUUAAAACUCGUGUUCGUUCGUUUCUUGCUCUUUGCAAGUACAGUGAAUUGGGGAAUGUAGACAUUUUGGAGAUAUUAAAGGAAAAUUGUAGGCACUUAAGGGCAUUACAACUAUCAGGAUUUAGAGCCGUGUUUGUCAAACUCCAUAGGUAAACUAUUGCAUUUACGAUAUUUAGAUUUGUCACUUAACUAUAUUUUAAAAGUUCUCCCAAAGUCAAUAACAAAAUUAUGUAAUCUAGAAACCUUAAUUUUAUCUUGGUGUUCGGCUUUAAAAGAGCUACCAAAAGAUUUGAGUA